AUGCCGGCUGCGGGCCGCCGCACGCCACGCAACGGCUCGCUGUGCUUCUCUGCCAGCAUCGGGGUGAUUGUGGUGACGGCCGUGCUGUGUCUUUUGGGCUUGUACCUCAAUUGGCCCACCGCGGCCUCGAACACCCUCCGACGCGAAGGUCUCCGGAGCCCCAAGGAGAUGGCCAGAUCCUUCCCGCUGCCCUUUCCGCUGAAGAACUUGGUGAACACCAGCCGAGCGGAAGCGGCCGCCAUUUUGCAGGGCCAGGAUGAUCGUUUGCUGGUCAUUGUGGGUCCAUGCUCCAUCCAUGAUCCCAAAGCCGCACGGGAGUAUGCUCAUCGAUUGCAGGUGCUUCGGGAGGAAAUGAAGGAUGAUUUGCUGAUCAUGAUGAGGACCUACCUUGAGAAGCCGCGCACCGCCAAAGGUUGGCGCGGCUUGAUCUCGGAUCCCACCCUGACGGGCGGCGAGGACUUGGCGCGUGGCUUGGCUUUGGGACGCCGGGUCUUGUUGGACGUGCUGGCAGCCGGGCUGCCCACUGCAGUGGAGUUUCUGGACCCCUUGGUGGCGCCCUACAUCGAAGACGUGGUCGCCUACGGCUCCAUCGGGGCUCGAACGGUGGAAAGCCCGGUGCAUCGGCAGCUGGCGGCCAGCUUAACGAUGCCCAUCGGCUUCAAGAACAGUCGCAGCGGUGACAUUCAAUCCGCGGUGAACGCCGCCGUGGCGGCCUCUUCUCCCCAGAAGAGAUUGUCCACGGAUCCUCGUGGACGGGUACAGAUUGAACAGGCCAUCGGGAAUCCUGACGUGCACAUCAUUUUAAGAGGCAGUGAGGAUGGGCCCAACUUUGGGGAGACCUUUGUGGCUGAAGCCAAAGAGCGCUUAGCCCAAGCGGGUUUUCGUGGAUCCCAGAUAUUGAUCGACUGCUCCCAUGGCAAUUCUGGGAAGAAGUAUGAGGGAGAGGUGGUCGCUUGUCACUCCGUGGCCGAACAGGUCUCCUCGGGAAACACCGCCAUUGGUGGAGUUUUGAUCGAAAGCUUCCUGGUGGCUGGAAACCAGAAGUUGGAACCAGGUGUGACGAAAGUUGAGGAUCUUCAAUACGGUUGCAGUGUCACUGACUCCUGCCUCGAUUUCAAUAUGACGCAGGAGCUCCUGCAAGACCUGCGACGCUCCGUGCUCGCGCGGCGUGCGCGGGUGGAGGAGACCUGGAAGGGAACACCCGAGCCACGAGAUCUCCGCACGCAUUUCAAGCUCUCCUUUGUGGUGAUGGCUGAAGAGAUCCCGACAGCUCCAGAGAAACAUGAGCAGAGCUGUGGAGAGUUUGCAUUGUACGUGACCCUGAAAAUACUUGGUGUCUUGAUCUCGCUGUACUUCUUCCUCUUUGCUCUGAGCUUGAUGGGGGGUUCCUUCGGCGCUCUUGGUGGAAAGGGUGCUGGUGAACUCUUCACGAUUACAGACAAUCCAAUUGCAGGUCUCAUGGUCGGGAUCUUGGCAACCGUUCUGGUUCAGUCAUCCUCUACCAGCACGAGCAUUGUGGUGGGUUUGGUGGGUGCUGAUGUUUUGACUCCGCGCCAAGCGAUCCCAAUCAUCAUGGGUGCCAAUAUCGGGACUUCUGUGACAAACACCAUUGUGUCAAUGGCUCAUUCUGGAGAUCGCCUGGAACUUGAGCGUGCUUUUUCUGGAGCCACCGUGCACGACAUGUUCAACAUGUUGAGUGUGUUGACCAUGCUGCCAUUGGAGAUCAUCAUAGCUGCCAUCUCAGGAGAGGGAGGUUUGCUUUAUUGGAUCUCCAGGGGAUUGACAGAAGCUAUGCUGGGAGAGCAAGAGGCCGACCUGACCUUCCCAUCUCCAACCAAGGAGAUUGUCAGCACCGGCACUUACUAUUGCGUGAGCUCAGCCAUGAGCAAGGCUUGGAAGAAGGUUGCCGAAGAUGGCUAUGAGGCCUUGACAAGCUGCAGUGGCUUCAGUGACCAAUGUCCUGCUGGCAGCAGUUGCUACACUGAUGCAGGAGACUACUACACCAAUGAGAUCGCUGGUGGCAGGCUCAUUGGCAAGGGCUUCCUGAAAGGUGCAGGUGAUGUGGGCGGCGGCAUCAUUGGACUCAUCAUUUCGCUUCUUGUGAUGUGUGGAGCUUUGUAUGCCUUGGUACGGUUGUUGCAGAGCCUUGUGAUGGGCCAGGCGAAGAAGGUGAUAAUGAAGGGCACCAAGAUGAACGACUAUUUGGCAAUCUUGGUCGGCUUUUUGAUCACAAUCCUAGUGCAGUCGAGCUCGGUCACCACAUCUGCAUUGACUCCUCUUGUUGGCAUCGGAGUUCUACCAGUACACAAAAUGUUGCCCAUGACUCUUGGAGCUAACAUCGGCACAACUAUUACCUCUGUCCUUGCUGCAUUUGCCGUUAUGAAGUUUAACAGCAUUCAGAUUGCCUUUUGCCACCUGUUCUUCAACAUCAUUGGUAUUUGCGUUUGGUUUCCUGCCCCCAUCAUGCGCAGGGUGAUUGUCAAGGCUGCUUGCACUCUUGGCUUCUACGCCUCAUAUUGGCGUCUUGUACCCCUCAUUUACAUCCUGGUCAUGUUUGUGGCCGUACCAGGUUUGUCCUUGGCCAUUUCCUUGCUCUAUGGUGCCAGUGUAGCCGGAGGUAUUGUGUUGACCCUUUUGGCCUUGAGCGGAGUGGCAGGAUUUGUCUUCUGGUGGGUCCGCUUGGGCGGGUGCUACAAGGUUGUGAGCCAGGAGGAGCGAGAGGCAAGAAAGGCCGAGAUGGAGGAGGAGAUGGGCACCACUGAAACAAAGGUGGUCGCAGUGGUACCCAGUGAAGCAUGGAACCCUUGA